CGCCCCUCGGGGGCGGCUGUGGCGGAGGGAUGAUGGCCGACGGCGGCGGCGCUACGGCGGCGCCCAGCCCGCGGGGCUCUCCCGGGCCGGCGCCACGGGUUCCGCGCGCAGUCGGACCGAGUGGCGGUGGUGGGGAGACCCCGCGGACUGCGCCGCUGGCGCUGCGCUUCGACAAGCCCAUCAAGCAGGCCUUCUACAACACCGGGGCCGUGCUGUUCGUGUGUCUGUGCUGCGGCGCCGCGGUGCUGGUCUACUUUAUCCUGGAGGCCUUCCUGCGGCCGUUGCUCUGGGCCGUGCUGUGCGGCACUUUCCUGCACCCCUUCAAGAGCUCGCUGACGCGCCUGGGCCGCCACUGGCUGCAGCGCCUGCACCGCGCGCACACGCCCAUCGUCCUGGCCGCACUGCUGCUGCCGCUCUGCUUCAUCGACUACGGCGUCGAGGCCCUGGGCGAGCAGGCGUUGCGUCGCCGCCGCCUGCUCCUGCUGCUCGGCGCCGGCGGCCCGCUUCUGUACGGCCUCUACUGCCUCGGCAGCUACCUGGGCGUGCAGGUGCUGCUGUUGCACGCUGCCGCGCUCAUCUGCCGCGGGCUUGACUACUUCAGCAGCCUGUGGAUCUGGACGUUGGUGGUUGGCUAUGUGUUGACUGUUUCAUUCAAGUGGAACGCAAGCACUGAACGCUACUUGAGAGCAGUUUCAAUUCCUAUCUGGAUUAUAUUGCUUUUUCAUUUAGCAUCCCUCGCUGGCUCAUGGAGAAUUCCCGUAUUCUUGGUUAUUGUUUUCCUGAUGUCUGUGGGCACCCUGUAUGAAAAACAGAAUGGAAAAGAGUCUUCUGGGGCAGAGUUACCAGGGCAGGUUAUCUCCAUGGCAGCUUCUACUCUGGCAAACUUGGCCAUCUCUAUCACAGGGUAUGAAUCAAGCAGUGAAGACCAGCUCUCCACUCAGCCUGCAGAAGCAUUGGACAGGGGAGAAUCCCCUCCAACGUUGUCCACCUCCCCUUCACCCUCCUCCCCUUCACCCACUUCCCCUUCACCCACUCUGGGCAGACGAAGGCCUGAAAUCGGAACAUUUCUUAGAAAGAAGAAAACUAGUGACAUCUACUUCGUUUCUCUGGUUUGGGCCAUUGUCGUCGUGCAGAUCUGGUUGAACCUGUGGAUUGUACAGUUGCUGCCAGUGCCGAUUGCAGUCUGGAUACUCAAAAAGCUUGUCAUUCACUUUGGAGUUGUGGACUUCCUGGAGAAACACUACCAUGUGUGGUGGGGUGUUACAGAAAGCUUCCUGAAGGAGCGGCAGGGGGCUCUCGCACCUUGGCCCAUUGUCGGGCUUGGAAAAUUCUUAUUAAAAGUUGAUAGCAAGCUCUGGCACUGGCUAAAUAAGAAGAUGAUCAUCUGGUUGGAGAAGAUGUUAGAUAAAAUAAUUAGCAUUUUCAUCAUAUUUUUGUUAGUGAUAGGAACUCUUCUUUUAGCCCUACUCCUGACUGCAAAGGUACAUCAAGAGAGUGUACACAUGAUUGAAGUCACAAGUAAUUUGAUUAAUGAAACUCUAGCAAAUCACCCUGAGUGGGCAAAUUGGCUUCCUGAGGCUCAGGUAGUCCAAAGAGCCCUGAAUUCUGCGGCUAACAAUGUGUAUCAGUAUGGACGAGAAUGGAUAACUCACAAGCUCCAUAAAAUUCUAGGAGAUAAGGUGAACAAUACUGCUGUAAUUGAAAAGCAAGUACUAGAACUUUGGGACAGACUGUAUCACUCUUGGUUUGUAAAGAAUGUAACACACUCUGGAAGGCACAAAGGACAGAAGUUGCAUGUCAGUCGUCAGAAUAGCUGGCUGGGAGACAUUCUGGACUGGCAGGAUAUUGCUUCCUUUGUUCACGAGAACAUUGAGACAUUUCUUUCGAUCUUGGAGUCUCUGUGGAUCGUUAUGAGCCGGAAUGUGAGCCUGCUCUUCACCACUGUCACUACACUCUUGACCAUCCUCUUCUACAGCGGGACAGCCCUUCUCAAUUUUGUACUUUCUCUGAUAAUUUUCCUGACCACACUAUUUUAUCUAUUAAGUUCCAGUGAUGAGUACUACAAGCCAGUGAAGUGGGUGAUAAGCCUGACUCCACUAUCUCAGCCAGGUCCUUCUUCUAAUAUUAUUGGCCAGUCUGUAGAAGAAGCUAUCAGAGGGGUAUUUGAUGCUUCCCUCAAAAUGGCUGGCUUCUAUGGAUUGUACACCUGGCUGACUCAUACUAUAUUUGGCAUCAAUAUUGUCUUCAUACCAUCAGCGUUAGCAGCAAUCCUUGGAGCAGUGCCAUUCUUGGGGACAUACUGGGCAGCAGUACCUGCAGUUCUCGACCUGUGGCUGACACAAGGGUUAGGAUGCAAGGCCAUUUUACUGUUGAUUUUUCAUCUCUUGCCAACAUACUUUGUAGAUACUGCAAUCUACUCUGACAUAUCAGGAGGUGGCCAUCCUUACCUGACAGGCUUGGCAGUGGCCGGUGGAGCAUACUACCUAGGCCUGGAAGGAGCAAUCAUCGGGCCUAUUCUUCUCUGCAUACUUGUGGUUGCUUCCAAUAUCUAUAGUGCCAUGCUAGUGAGUCCCACGAAUUCAGUGCCCACGCCAAACCAGACCCCAUGGCCUGCUCAGACUCAGCGAAGAAUGUCCUUUAAAGAUGACCGGUCAUGAUGUCUGCCACUUAUUUGCAAGCAGUUCAGCCAAAACGGAGAGAGGAAGUGGCUGUAGCAAAAUGUUAACAACUGGUGAAUCUAGAUGAAGGACAUAUGGUUGUUAAUUGUACCAGCAUUUCAAUUUUGUGUAGGUUUAUACAUUUUUAAAAUACAAAGUUGGGAAAAAAUUAUUUGGGACACCAAUAUAGAGUUGCAACGUGUUAUUUUGUAAGUACGAAUAUGAAAAUAACAAUUGCUGUUAUCUGCUGUCACCAGCAUUUCAUAAAAUAAAUUAUAAUGUUUGAAAAAUUUUCCCAAUUGUCUUAUAAUUUUCUUAAAUUUCUUUAGGUAUAAUUUAUAUAUGAUGAGGAUGUACAUCUAAGUAGCCAAAUAUACCUCUAAAUAGACAGGUUGAUUUUUCCAUAUACUCACACCCAUGUAACCACUACCCAUAUCAAGAUAUAGAAUAUUUUUGUUAUUCUAGAAGGCUUCUCCCUGCCUCCUCUCAGACCCCACUGCCUGCUGAUAUUCUAACUGUAGUCACUUUUCAUUAGUUUUGCCUGUUUCUGAACUUCAUGUAAAAGAAAUGAUAUGGUAGGUACAUACUCAUAUAGUCAGCCCUCUUUGCUCAACAGUGUGUCUCUGUGUGAUUCAUUCAUGUUGUUGGAUGUUUUACUCUGUUCAUGGGUCAUUCUUUCAUUGUUGUGUAAUCUUCCAUUACAUGAAUAUAUUGCAGUCACAUUUAAUCAUUGUAGGACUAAUAGAUAUUUGGGUAGUUGGCAGUUUAUGUCUGUUAUAAUUCAAGUUGCUAUACUUUCUUUUUUAAAAAAAAAUUCUUAUUUUGCCAUGAACGUUUUUGUACAUGUCUUUUGGUGGACAUGCGCAUAGUACUUACUGUAGUUGGACAUAUACCUAAAAGUGGAAUGUCUGGUUAUACAUCUGGUUUUAAGUUUAGGUGGAUACUUAAAAACAGUUUUCUAUGUCGUGUGCCAGAAAUUACAUUUUAACAACAAAAAAGUAAGAAGGACAGUCUCAGAAUAAAAAGUAAAAGAUUUUUAACUUUCCAUAAACUAUAUGCAUUUACCUUGUUAUCUGCAAUUGGAAAACACUAGUUUUCCUGCCACUGGAUAUUCUUGUAUAAUCAAGGAGUCAUUGACAAGUUGUUUCUGACAAUGCAUUUAAUGAAAAUAUUUUAUGCUUUUAUGUAAAAUUCUUUAACAACAUGAUUCUGUUUAAUUUUGUUUUCAGUGUUAUAUUUUGUGAAAAGAGACAUGGUCCUUUAACUCGGGACAAAUGCAGUACAGUCUCUGAGUUAGAGCCGGUUAGGGGGCCAUUUUAGCCAAUGCAUGAUCCUUACUUGAUGGCAGGGGAAAAUCAGUUUUUCCAAAAGAAUAAAAGGAGAGAUGCUUCGGUGAUUUUGACAAGGGCCUUCCCAAUUUGGUAGUGGUGACACUAUGAUAUCCUUUUCUGCCUUUGCCUCUUAAAGACAAGUGCUCAGGUACCUGAGAUGCCAGUGUGCUCAAAAGCAACAGAAUGCACUUGCUAACUUGAGGCUGUGUUCCAUGGGCUUGCCAAACACAAAGAAAAAAGAGAAUUGAUCAAUAUUUUGCUGUUAUUUUGAGUAAAACUUAAUGAUUUCAAGUUACUAAAGCAAGAGUUAGUUUUUAAGGUGAAACAAAAGCAACUUAAAUGAAUUCUUUUAGAGGUAGUAAACCUUUUUAACCCUCUCUCUUUCUAAAAGUACAAAAUGCUUAUGUGGUAUGGCGGAGUAGAAAAAGAUAAUGUGAGGACCCAUGUAUAUAGCCUUUGUCUUUCAAAGUUACUCAUGCAUGUAGUUUAAAGAGUCAAAUUUCUACAAAACUCAGUGAAAAAUAAGGGCUUUGCCUUCUCCCUCUUCCUUUUUCUAAGAGGAACCACUUUUUGACCCUAAUUAUUUUGGUAUUUACCUCCAUAUCUUGAAAUGACAUGCUUAUUUCUGAUUUGGUCAUGUAUAGGCAUCAUCUAAUAACUUCCCACUUGGAAGGUUAGAAGUUAGCUUUCACUACCCAUUCCCCCGGAACAAACUGUGAUACUGGUUAGAUCAGUAUUCAGGUUUUACAUUAUUAUGACUUUAAAUUAUAUUCAUAUUUGAGCCUUGUCAUAUAUUCUAAUAUUUCUUUACCCCUACGACUUUUGCUUUCUCUUGAGUUAGUAAAGAUACUGGUUUUUAUUUGCUUUGCUUUCCAUGUACUUAUAACUAAUCCCAUCUCAAGCUCCACACCAGGCACUCGCCUCUCCACUUGGUAUGUUCAGUUGCACCAGGCAUAGUUGGUCUUCUGAACAAGACUCUCCUGAGUGUCUUGGUCUGCCCCAUUGGAGUGCUGUCCUUUUGGCUUGCUGUUCAGCUAUCACCUUGGGUAUUCCCUCAACUCUCCCUUGCGUUGGAAUCCUUAUUUCUUAUAUCCUAUAUAAUUUUCUUUCUUGAUUUAUUCCUUUUUGGUGGAGCACAUCGUCUUGUAGAUUUUCAGGAAAAUAUGCAUAGGAGGUAAAUUUUGAGGGACGAUGCAUGUCUGAAAAAGCUUUUCCUAAUGUCAUACUUAAUCCGAUAGCUUUCCUAUGUAGAGAAUUCUAUGCUUGACAUUUUUUCUUUAAUAUUUCUUUAUUCAUUGUUUUCUAGCUUCUAGGAUUGUUGUUAAAAGUCAAGCAAUUUUUAUUCUUGAUUCUUGUUAAUUUAACUGUUUGAAGACAUAUAAGAUCUUUUUGUUUAUCUGUGUUUUUUGUCCUGAUGGGCACUUGCUAAGACCUUUAAAAGUGAAAACUUAUGUUCUGGUGUUCUGACAUUUUUCUUGAGUUGUUUCAUUAUUUCCUUUUCUUCUUUCAGAAAUUUAUUUUAUUUUGACGUUGACCCUCAUGGACUGGGCAUUUCACAUUUUAAAUACUUUCUCUCUUUUUUCACUUGUGUCUUUUUGGCUCCAUUUUCUGGGUGAUUUCUUCAACUUUAUCUUGUAGCUUUACUAUAGCACUUUCCAUUUCUACUUGCACAUGUUUUUCAGUCUCCUUUAUUGAGGUGUUAUUUCCUUAGAAUAAAAUGUGCCUUUUUAGCCUAGAGGUUUAUGUUUUGUAUGACAUGUAACAAAUUACACGUUUAGCAGCUUACUAUACAUUUACGACACAGCUUCUGUGGGUCAGGAGUUCAAGCAAAACUUGGUUGGUUCCUCUGCUUAGGACCUGACAAUCUGCAGUCACAGUUGGGGUUUCAUCUGUGGAUUGGAGUCCUCUUUCAAGCGGUCCUGUUGUUGGCAUAAUUCAUUUCCUUGUAGUUGUGUAACUGAGACUCAUGGCUCCUAGAGGCUGCCUCUCUUCAUAGGCAGCUGAUAAUCUGGGUUUUUGCUUCUUUAAGGCCAGCAGGAGAGUAUUUUUCUAACUUCAGUCUCUGACCACUGGACUUUUUAAAAGAAGAGCUCACCUGAUUAGACCUAGCCCACCCAGCAUAAUUUCUCUUUUUUAAGUCAGCUAAUGAGGGACAUUUAUGACAUCUAUAAAAUCCAUCCACCUUUGCCAUACAUGUUGAGCAUCCCAAAUCCCAAGUUGGAAACUCUACAGAAUCAGAAACUUUUUGAAUGCCAACAUGAUACUCAAAGGAAGUGUUUGUUGGAGCAUUUUUGAUUUUUUUUUUUUUUUUUUUGGGAC